AGUAAAUUAUGCUAAAACCGCGGAAUUGGUCCUCCGGCGACCAAGCGACCAAAGAGAAGAAGACGCCGAGGAGCUCUCAAAAGCGGCUUCUGGGGUCUUAGAAGAGGUGCGUUGCGCGGCGCUCCCAGCUGCUGCGCGUGGAAUCUGGCGGCGCCGAUCAGCCCACAAGCUGUACGCGCGUGUCGUCUUCCACCUAGUAUCGUUUACAUUGUGAUCCACCGCCCACUAAGCUGUCAAUUGCGCGUGUGUUUCCAUCGUAUAUUAGCAGGCAAGAGCGCCCCUUAGUCACUCGAAUCGCAGGCCACAGCGCCCGCCCCCUGACCUUUUUUGUACGCUCCGCCCAGUACUCGGGGCGGAUGAGCGGCUCGUUCAAGGCGAGUAUCAGCCAGAAAGCGUUCCUGUCCCCCACCGACGUGGCCGAGCUCACAGCCGCAGCAGUAGCGGCACUACCCAGCACUUUGUCGCAGGCCAAUCUGGCGCUCAAGAAGUCCACGACCAGUGCGCAUCGCACCGAGAACGGGGACAUUGUGCACCACCAUCAAGCCACGCACCGCGGGGGUAACGCAACGCUAGUGACGUCCACGACCACAACGAUCCAUCACAUGGGAGGAGCCGGGAAGUCCGGAGUCUCAGCCCCUGCUGGAGCCGGCUCGACUCUGACGUCACAACCGCAGUUCUCGCUGCACUCGCAUGGCCAUCAUCAUCAUCAUCACCACCUCUCGCACGGAGCGAGUCUGCUGGCCAAUGGCAGUCUUAGCGGACUGGCGAAUGGCAGUCUAGGAGGAAGUGGCCUCGAUGGAUCCGUCGGAUCUGGAGCUCUGGCGGCAUCGCCCACGUUCCAGGGAGAUCUGAACCAGAUCGACGCUGGUUUGAACUCGGAGGACGCCGAUGUCCAACUUGAAGCGGCCAAGAAGCUGCGUGUAUUGCUCUCGUCGGAGCGCGAUCUGCUAAUUCGUCAGAUGCUGGAGAAGAACUGGACCCCACGUCUUAUCAAAUGGCUGCGGCUGCGAGACCGACCAACUCUGCAAGUUGAAGCGCUGUGGGCACUCACUAACAUCGCUGCAGGAGCUACCGACAACACGUCGGUAUUGCUACAGAACGGUGUGAUUCCCACGCUCGUUUCGUUGUUGGACUCGUCCAAUGAAGAGGUGUUGGAGCAGUCGGUGUGGGUUCUAGGUAACUUGGCUGGAGAAGGAGCUGCGACGAGGGACCUCGUGCUGAGCGCUGGUGCAUUGACUCCGCUGGUGAACAACCUGAAGAAGACCUCAUGGGACCGACUGUCGCUGCUUCGUAUCUUGACGUGGACUAUCAGCAACUUGUGUGACGGACAGCCGCGACCAGUGUUUGACAUUGGACUCAUCCUGCCGUAUCUGGCCAAGAUGCUCACCAGCACAGACACAGAGAUCUUGAGUCACGUGUGCUGGGCAUUCUCGCACCUGUGCGAUGGACCGAGCACUCACAUUCAGGCUGUGGUGGACUCCGAUGUGUGCUUUCGACUCGUGGAGCUGCUGAGUCACUCGUCUUGGCGAGUCACGAAGCCAGCUCUACGUGCGAUUGGGAACAUUGUGUGCGCUGAAGACGACCACGACUACACCCAGCACAUCAUUGAGUGUGGCGCCGUGCCUUCGUUGCGGAGACUGAUCGCUCAUUCGAAUCGCGAGAUCCAGAAGGAAGCUUGCUGGACGCUGUCGAACAUCGCUGCCGGUACUGUUGAUCAGAUCCAGUGUGUGCUUGACUCGGGCUGUAUCCCGUCUUUGAUGGGACUGGCGGCGUCGGACGCGACAGAUGCAGAGGUCAAGAGUGAAGCGUGCUGGGUCGUGCUCAACGCCACAUCAUGCGGAUCGGAUAGUCAAAUUGAGUACCUCGUGAAUCAGGGCUGUAUUCAGAUCCUAGGCAAUCUCUUGGAGGAAACGAGUAUGGUUAUGAUGGCGCUAGAAGGCUUGGAACGCAUUCUUCAGGUCGGUGAGUUGGAGGCAAAGCGUACGGACUCGCCCAAUCCGUAUGCAAGUCUGAUGGCUUCUGCCAACAUAGAGACGUUGGUGUCACACAAGUCGGCGACUGUGGCGAAGCGUGCGUCGCGUAUCUGGCAGCAGCACUUCGUCACGUGCGCCAUUUGCCUCGGUCCAUUCUCGAAACACUCAAAUGACACAUUCUUCUGCGCCGAGUGCAAGUGCAACGUGUGCAAGAACUGCGACUGCACGGUGUUUCAUCUUAAAUACCAGGAGAGUCUCUGGAAGGAGGAGACGGAGAAGGAGACGAAUGAAAAGCAGGCGCGUCAGGCCUCAAAGCGUAGCAAGCGUCAGAAGAAACGUCAGCGUACGAAGGAGCGCAAAGCAGCUCUUCUUCGAGUGCAGAAGACAGCUCCGAGCAGCAAUGGGAAGGGGUCGAAGCAAAACCAGCAGCGAAAGGGACAGCAGCAACAGGACAACUCGUCGUCAGAUGAAGCGUCUUCUACAAAGUCUGGAGGUGGAGGAGGAGGCAGUCGACGUCGACGGCACGAUGCGGACGACUCGGCCUCAGAGAACGGUUCUAAUGGGUCGAAUGAAGAGGUAGAAGACGGAGGUGCGACUACCCCUGGCGAUGAAGAAGAAGCUGCGACUGAAGAGGAAGUUAAUGUCGAUGUGCUAGACGAGAUGGUGAACGCGAACGACAAACUGGUGUCGUACUUGCUGGAGACGGGAUCGAUCAUGGCGCUUGCUGAGCGCUUGGACUUGGAGGACGACAGCACGUGGAUUGUGGCGGAGAAGGAUAGAACUGCUAUCCACGCCUAAGUGUACACACUGUUGACACACAAACGCUGGUCGGUGGAGUUGAAGCAACGUGACGAGCUGCACGACGGCUUAUAUGAAGAAAAGUGGACAUUAAGGAUCACGACGGGUAGCUUUGACACCGUUGGCUAGCAGAUCAUGUGCAGACCAGGGCGUUUUGUAUAUGCAAUGCAAAGAGAAGGGGUAUGGCAAAAACACACAAGCUGGAAGUGAAAAUGAGAAAAAGCGCCCUACCAGCACUAGGGUGAAGUGAUUAAAACAAAAAAAACAAAGAAAAAAAACAACCUUGAGUAUCAUCAUGGAUAGCAACAUUCGUCGGGUAGGAGUAAUACAUGAAGCGAGACACGAUAAUAGAGACGAUCGAAUGAAAAACCCGCAAAAUAAUCAACU